GGUCGCGGGUUCGAUCCCCCCAUGAGCCAACUUUUUUUUUUCUUUCACAUGAAGAACAACAACAUUGAAAUCUCAUUAAAUAUGCAUUAAACAAUUUAAAAAAAAAAAUGGAUCUUGUUUACACAUUUGUUUUAAGUAAGGUUACUUAUAAAACUGAAACAACCACGUGUAUUUACGUAAUUGUCUUAUCUAUUGUAUUUACAAUGUAUAUAUGCGUCUAUAUAACCUUUGAGUAAGGGUUAAAGAUUAUAUUUGGGUUGCUCAUAUCUGUUCUCCUAUUUACAAUUGAAAUGAGUUGAAUAAGUAUUAAAUAAGACCAGAAGCAAAUGCGUCGCAAACUGCGCUAACAUAUGUAAUAGUAACAUGUAUCGGAUAACAAGGGUAAAGACGCCGAUUUCACAAUGUCGCGUAAUAGUUUUAUGUAUACAUAAUUUGCAUACCUCUGAAACUUUGCAUAAUAGAUUUGAUAAGAUCUUAAUUGCAAAUAGAGGAGAGAUUGUAUGCCGUGUUGUAAGAACUGCCAAAAGAUUAGGAAUAAAAACUGUAGGCAUAUACAGUGAAGCAGAUAGAUAUUCUAUGCACGUAGAUCAAGUGCAUGAAGCCUACUGUGUUGGUCCUGCACCUUCCAAUCAAAGUUAUUUGAGGCAGGAUAAAAUAAUAUCUAUCGCUAAGAAAUCAAAGUGUCAAGCAAUACAUCCUGGUUAUGGGUUCCUUUCAGAAAAUGCAGAGUUUGCAGAGCUCUGUCAAAAAGAGAAUAUAACAUUUAUUGGCCCUCCAUCGGAUGCAAUUAAAAACAUGGGUAUUAAAAGCACUUCGAAGACAAUAAUGCUUGAAGCUGGGGUUCCUGUUGUAGCAGGAUACCACGGAAAGAAUCAGUCUGAUGAGGCUUUAUUACAGCAAGCAAAGAAUAUAGGUUUUCCUCUAAUGAUUAAGGCUGUAUGCGGCGGAGGAGGAAAGGGAAUGAGAAUCGUUUUAAAGGAAUCGGAUUUUUCUGAAGCGUUAGAAUCAGCCAGAACUGAAUCUGAGAAAGCAUUCGGUGACUCGACGGUGUUACUCGAACAAUAUAUCAACGAACCAAGACAUAUCGAGGUACAAGUAUUUGCAGACAAACACGGAAAUGUCGUUCACAUGUUUGAAAGGGAUUGUUCCGUUCAAAGAAGGCAUCAAAAGAUCAUCGAGGAAGCGCCAGCACCCGGAAUUUCAGCAGAUUUAAGGGCGAAAUUAGGUGAAACAGCUGUUCGAGCAGCGAAAGCUGUAAACUACGUUGGCGCUGGUACCGUUGAGUUUAUAAUGGAUCGUAAGCGAAACACUUUCCAUUUCAUGGAAAUGAAUACUCGUCUUCAAGUAGAACAUCCAAUCACGGAGGCAAUUACAGGAUUGGAUUUAGUAGAAUGGCAAUUGAAAGUAGCAGCCGGAGAAGAACUUCCGUUAAAUCAGGAAGAAAUUAAUUUUCAGGGGCAUGCUUUUGAAGCUAGAAUAUACGCAGAGAAUCCAAGGAAGGGUUUUCUACCAGGAGCUGGAAAUAUAUCAUACAUGAGACUUCCAGAAGCCACAGAUAAAACGAUCAGAAUUGAACGUGGAGUUCGCGAAAAGGAUGAAGUAUCCGUGCAUUAUGACCCGAUGAUCGCAAAACUGGUUGUCUGGGGAAGAGAUAGAGAAGAAGCAUUGGCGACGCUUAGAUUAAAACUAAGCGAUUAUAAUAUAGCUGGACUCGAUACCAAUAUAGAGUUUAUUAAGGAUUUGUGCUCGCAUCCUAGCUUUCGUGAAGGACAUGUACACACUGGGUUCAUAGAAGAACAUCGUGAAGAACUAUUUCCGAAAUUACAAGUGCCAAGCGAAAUUGUCGCACAAGCUACCCUUGCCUCCAUACUUUACGAAGACACAGACUCUCUACGAUCGGCUCUUAAAACUGUUGAUCCCUUCAGUCCUUUCGCAACAGAAACUGGACUGAGGUUAAAUCAUAAUCAAUCUCGUACAUUUAAUUUCAACGUUUAUGGCGAUGAUAUCGACGUUGAAGUAAAAUACGUUGAACCUGAAAUCUAUUCUAUGAGAAUCAAUAGAAUUGGACGUUGGAGAACAGUAACUGGUGUCUUAAAGAAAAAAGAAAAUUCGUUAGAAUUAUCUACUGAAAUCGAUGAAAUGAUCUGGAAAGCAAGAAUAAUUAAGAUCCGCAACAAGUUACACCUAUUCACCAAAGAUCGCGAAUGGCAAUUCAGUAUACCUCCCAUGAAAUUUCUUUCUGAUUUUACCAGUAGUGCACUCGAAGCAGAUCCAUGCAAUGCUUUAAGUCCGAUACCGGGUUUUAUAGAGAAAUUAUUGGUUGCAAAAGGAGACACUGUUAAAAGAGGCGAAGCUUUGCUCGUCAUUACUGCAAUGAAAAUGGAAUACAUCGUUAGAGCAUCCACUGAUGGAAUUGUCGAGUAUAUAUCAUGUUCAGUAGGUGAUAAUGUCCCUAAGAAUAAGGUUCUCGUUAAACUGACUGAAUCUAGAUCUCAAGAAAAUACGACUACGAUUUAAUUUAUAUUGUUAAUUAUUUCUAUUUUCUGUAUUGCUUUGAUUAUAUGUACAGAGAAUGCACAGAAUAUUUUAUAUGAGAUGUGUAGGAAAUAUAAAUUUUAUAUUGUA